AUGCAAUUGAUUGGAGUCAUAAUAAGUUACACUUUCAAACUCGAGCCAUUACCUGACUAUUCUGGCGAAGUUCAUCCUUCUGAAGCGAAUAAGUGUGUAAUAUUGAAGGAAUGGACAAAGCGUGAAAUUGAAACCCUUCAACCAGGAGUCGACAGCGAUCUUUUUGUUUCUAUAGUAACCGAAGGCCUUCGUCGUUAUAGUUCGCGGGACCCGCUCUUUGUUAAACGAAUCGAGGAAUUGCUUGAGGAAGAAUCCUCCAUCUUUUUAAGAGAGCUUGAGGCGUGCGUUCACACAAGAGCUAAAAGCCUCGAAGAGUGUGAUAGUUGUAUGUGCUAUUGUUAUCCAUCUGUUGCAGAAAAGCUCGGACCUUUCACUGGCGAAAUUGAUUACGAGCAGGAGCUUUCUCACUUGGAAAACGAUCUUUAUCAUUUAGAGAAGAAGAUGAAUAUAUUGCUGGAGGUAGAUCCAACUCUUGGGGAAGCAAGGAGUAAUAACAGUGAGGAUUUGGAACAUCAGCAAGAGACAAGAAAGUAUCACAAAAAGAAACACCAUCGUCAUCACCACAGAAAGAAGGAUUCAUCAGUUGAACGUCUAAUUUACUCCGAUAUUGAGACAUCAGAGCUGUACGAAUAUUAA